ACUGAACAACUCAUGUGCUUUAAGGUAAACCCAGUCCUCACCUAGGCAACCCAACACCUAGGCAACAGGGACAAGGACAUGUGAGCUUGGACUAUUAAUAUUUCAGGCCACGGUUAUCAACUCCAGAUAGAGCAGCCUCACUUCUCUCCUUUUCUCGUUGGACAUGGAAGCCUCAGUGAGUACCUCCUGUACUGGUGUUUACUGAAUAUGUCAGAUAUAUAUCCGUGUUUGAGUGUGUGGUGAAGUGAAGAUGUAUGUCUCAGGGGGUCAGGUGGCUGAGCGGUUAGGGGAUCGGGCUAGUAAUCAGAAGGUUGCCGGUUCGAUUCCCGGCCGUGCAAAAUGAUGUUGUGUCCUUGGGUAAGGCACUUCACCCUACUUGCCUCGGGGGGAAUGUCCCUGUACUUACUGUAAGUCGCUCUGGAUAAGAGCGUCUGAUAAAUGACUAAAUGUAAAUGUCUCAGCAGGAACGUCCCAACCUACAGUCCAUGCAAACAGAACCCAGUACUGACCACAGCGCCAGGGAACACAGCACCAGUGUUAAGGACAGCAGCCAGGCCACAGACAGGAAGUAUGGGCUGCAGGAGCAGCUGAGAGAGGAGAUCGCUAAACACCUCACAGAGGGCGGCGUGGGAGAGGAGAAGCUCCAGGAGAGAGUGGGUCGGAUCCGACAGCUCAGAGAAGCUCUCAGAGAGGAGGAGGAGAAGCAGGGGGUCAGCAGGGAGAAAACGAACCCCUCAGAACAGGCUGAAUACAUCAAAGCCAAGGAGCAGAGGGAGAGACUUAAGGAGCACCAUGGCAGAGUGAUAAAGGAGGAGAUGGAGAAGAUCGAAAGAGAGAUGGCACAGGAACAGCUGGAGGGGCCCCAGAGGGAGCUGCAGGUCCUGGGUGGAGAGAGGCAGCUGCUGCUGCUACAGCUGGAGGCCCUGCGCACCGAGGCCCAGCAGGCCGAGAGAGACCUGGAGGCCCAGUACAAAACACACCGACAAGAGAUGCACUGUGUCAGGACCGAGAGCGUUCAGGUGUUCAGGGUGUUCCGGCAGGUGUGUGAGGAGCAGAGGAGGCUGUCGGAGGGGAGGUACAGGAGUGUGAUGCUGGAGGCCAUCCAGGAUGCCGUUUACCUGUCUGCUGUCAAUCAGCAGCUCCAGACUGACAACACUCAGCUACGCAGAGCCCUGGCAGAGAUGAAGGACACCCUGUCGGUCCCUGGGUCCUAGCCCCUGCAGAUCCGGUCCCCACCACAGUGACGCACCGCGCCCCCCCCCCCACAAUGAAAAACAACUCAUCUUUAAUAUCUCUAUUUA